CGAUCUCUUUGGCUACUUUUAGAGGACGCACGUCAAGAAACUGAUACCUUCCACUUUACCUUCCAACAGCCACAAGAUAAGCUCAACUCCUCGCCUCUACCCCCCUCCCCUGCUUUAUAGACUCACAAGAAAAACAAUUGUAUUGUACUUCUGUCAUGGCGCUAUCCGAUGCGGUGAUAGGGAAUUUAACGACGAUCUACGUGGCGGUGAUAGCUGGAAUUAAGGUUUAUGGGCUGGUCUGUGGAAGGAGCUUCAGUGGUGGAUUCGUGCUGAUUCUGUCUACUAUCGUCGUGGGUUUGGUAUUGACUGGGACGCUGGCUUGGGAUAUUUCUCGUAAGGCCACGUAUGCGAUUUCACGGGAUCAUGUCAAUGUUCAUGAGAUGUGCAAAGGUGGUAUUUGCUGGCACGGCGUGGCUGUCCGGUCCCCGGCUUCUCAGGUCCGGUUUAGACUUCCUCAGCAUUAGCAAUUAAUAUCAAGCAAUACGGGUUUUCUGUAAAAAAAAAGACAGAUUUUGAGAGACAGCGCCAUAACAAAAGUACGAAAAGAAGAAUGAGAAUAAAGAAAAGGGAUUAAAAAUGCCAGGUAGAGUCUCUUUCUUGGUUUUUGGUGGUUCUUGCCGUGGAGUAUGAGCCUUUUUCCAUGAAAGAGUGACUCACGAGGUGUUUGUUUGUUUGCCAGAGAGGGAGGAGAUACAAUAAUGUGCAUAGAUAAGUUAAAAGAGUGACGAGUAUUUUAUUUUUGAGUAUAAAUAAAAAUGUCUCAUAAGUCAUA